ACCAAUUCACAACUUAAUCUUUGUUAAACAAACUUAAGAUACCUUUUCACUUUCUUGUCUGUGUGGGUUGCUUUGAAAAUGGAAGAAAUUGAUGUUCCUCCAUUUUUUAUCUGCCCAAUUUCUCUGGAGAUUAUGACGGAUCCUGUUACAGUUCCAACAGGGAUCACAUACGACAGGGAAAGCAUUGAGAAGUGGUUGUUUUCAGGGAAGAACACUGCAUGUCCCGUUACGAAGCAAGUUAUUGCAGAUUGUGAACUUACCCCGAAUCAUACUCUGAGAAGAUUGAUUCAAUCAUGGUGCAUGUUAAAUGCUUGCCAUGGAAUUGAAAGAAUCCCAACGCCAAAGCCACCCAUCAGCAAAGCUCAGAUCACCGAACUCCUCAAUGAUGCCGCCAAGUCACCCUUGCACCAGAUAAAGUGUCUCAGGCGGCUACAAUCAAUCGCUUCCGAGAAUGCUACAAACAAGAGGUGCAUGGAAUCUUCGGGCGCGGUCGAGUUCUUGGCUUCAAUUGUGAGCAAUUACGACCCUACAGCUGUUGACGGAUUGUUAUAUAAUGAAUUCGAGCCAAUAAGACCAACUGAUGAGGCUCUAAACAUUCUGUACAAUCUCCACCUCUCAGAAGCUGCUCUCAAGAAUCUUAUGCGCAAAAAUGGUGAUAUCGUAGUGUCCUUAACGAGAGUAAUGCAACGUGGAACCUGCAAGUCUCGUGCUUAUGCAGUAUCGUUGUUGAAAUCAAUGCUGGAGAUGGCUGAUCCAAUGCAACUCAUCUGCUUGAGACACGAAUUAUUCGUCGAAUUGGUUCGAGUUUUACGUGAUAGAAUUUCUCAGCAGGCCUCAAAAGCUACACUGCAGUUGCUGGUAAGUGUUUCUCCAUGGGGAAGAAACAAGGUCAGGGUAGCUGAAGCAGGCGCGGUACCUGUCUUGAUUGAAUUGCUUCUUUGUUCAUCACAGAAAAGGGCUUGUGAAACAAUACUAACAGUGCUCGAUGAAGUUUGCCGGUGCGCCGAAGGCCGAUCCGAGCUGCGAAAUCAUGGAGCAGGGCUUGCUAUUGUUUCAAAGAAGAUUCUUAGGGUUUCUCAUGUUGCAAACCAAAGGGCAGUGAGAAUUCUAUUGUCUAUUUCAAAGUUCUGUGCCACUUCUAAUGUGCUUCAAGAGAUGCUGCAAUUAGGGAUUGUGGCUAAAUUGUGCUUGGUGCUUCAAGUGGAAUGUGGACACAAGACUAAAGAGAAAGCUAAGGAGGUGCUCAAAUUGCAUGCUAGGGUAUGGAUGAAUUCUCCUUGCAUACCUAGCAAUCUGCGCUCUUCAUAUCCAGCUUCAUCAUAAUGAGAAAAGCUAAACAGAUUCGAUAGUUUCAUACUUUGAACGUAGAGUUUAACUUAGUUGAUUUGUGUAGGUAUCCUUGAAAGGAAAUACUAGUAUGUCUUUAAAUCUCACCCUUUGCAACCCUUUUUCUAUCUUUAGGCGAGACAUUUGUACCAAAAAGAGUUUUAAGCAUUCUUUCCCCCUUU